CCGGAAAAAGGCAGGGAACCCGGAAGUAAACAUUACCGGAUCGCUUCGUUCGUGGCGGAUGGUUUUGGCGUGGUCCGUGCCGGGACUGGAGGAAGCCAGUUCAUCAUGUCGGCAGCAGCUGUAGAUACGGUUAAUGCCACCCCCCUGUCGGGGUCAAAAGAGAUGAGUUUGGAGGAGCCAAAGAAGAUGACCAGAGAAGACUGGAGGAAAAAGAAGGAGCUAGAAGAACAGAGAAAACUGGGCAAUGCCCCUGCAGAAGUUGACGAAGAGGGGAAAGAUAUCAACCCUCAUAUUCCUCAGUACAUUUCUUCGGUUCCAUGGUACAUUGAUCCAUCAAAGAGACCCACUUUAAAGCAUCAGAGACCACAGCCAGAGAAACAGAAGCAAUUCAGUUCCUCUGGGGAAUGGUACAAGAGAGGUGUAAAGGAGAAUUCUAUAACUACCAAGUACCGAAAGGGGGCAUGUGAAAAUUGUGGGGCCAUGACACACAAGAAGAAAGACUGCUUUGAGAGGCCACGGCGGGUUGGAGCUAAAUUCACAGGCACUAACAUCGCUCCAGAUGAGCACAUCCAGCCUCAGCUGACGUUUGACUAUGACGGGAAGAGAGACCGGUGGAAUGGCUACAAUCCAGAAGAGCACAUGAAAAUCGUUGAGGAAUACGCCAAAGUUGACCUGGCAAAACGAACAUUGAAAGCUCAGAAACUGCAAGAAGAGUUAGCCUCUGGAAAAUUAGUGGAACAAGCUAAUUCUCCAAAACAUCAGUGGGGAGAAGAGGAACCCAAUUCUCAGAUGGAAAAGGAUCAUAACAGUGAGGAUGAAGAUGAAGAUAAAUAUGCGGAUGACAUUGACAUGCCCGGGCAGAAUUUUGACUCUAAGAGACGCAUUACUGUUCGGAAUCUCAGGAUUCGCGAAGAUAUUGCAAAAUAUUUGAGAAACUUAGAUCCAAAUUCUGCCUAUUAUGAUCCAAAAACUAGAGCAAUGAGAGAGAAUCCUUAUGCCAAUGCCGGAAAGAAUCCAGAUGAAGUGAGUUACGCUGGAGAUAACUUUGUUAGAUACACAGGAGAUACCAUUUCAAUGGCUCAAACACAGUUGUUUGCUUGGGAAGCCUACGACAAGGGAUCUGAAGUGCAUCUCCAGGCUGAUCCUACAAAACUAGAGCUGCUGUAUAAGUCCUUCAAAGUCAAAAAAGAAGACUUCAAGGAGCAGCAGAAAGAAAGCAUCCUGGAAAAGUAUGGUGGCCAAGAACACUUGGAUGCCCCUCCAGCUGAGCUGCUGCUGGCCCAGACAGAAGACUAUGUGGAGUACUCCAGGCAUGGAACAGUCAUUAAAGGCCAGGAGCGGGCUGUCGCCUGCUCCAAGUAUGAGGAAGAUGUAAAGAUCAAUAACCACACGCACAUCUGGGGAUCUUACUGGAAAGAAGGCCGGUGGGGAUAUAAAUGUUGUCACUCAUUUUUCAAGUAUUCCUAUUGCACUGGAGAAGCUGGGAAGGAGAGUGUUAAUUCGGAGGAGUGUAUUCUAAAUGAUGCAACUGGAGAAGAAUCUGUGAAGAAACCUCAGACCCUCAUGGAGCUGCAUCAGGAAAAACUAAAAGAAGAGAAGAAGAAGAAAAAGAAGAAGAAGAAACACCGGAAGAGCAGUUCCGACAGCGAUGACGAGGACAGAAAGCACGAGAAACUGAAAAAGGCACUGAAUGCAGAGGAGGCCCGCCUUCUUCAUGUCAAGGAGAUCAUGCAGAUUGAUGAGCGGAAGCGGCCUUACAACAGCAUCUAUGAAAGCCGGGAGCCCACUGAAGAGGAAAUGGAGGCCUACAGAAUGAAACGGCAGAGGCCAGAUGACCCCAUGGCCUCUUUCCUGGGACAGUAGUAACUAGUUAGGAUCGAGUCCAUACACAGCGUGUUCAUUCCAGCUCCUGCUGACUAUAGAUAGGAAACCUCGUCUCUCUUUGUUGCAGCUUGGCAUUAAUAAAGCUUUCAGAAGUCUGAAAUCAUUCUCCACAGUAAAGAAACACAGCAAGCAAGAAAGAACAUACAGUUGUGGGUUAAGGUUAAAAUCAUCCAUUUUAAUUAGAUUUGGAAGAGACUUUGGCUGUCUUUCCCCUCAAGAGUGUCUUGCAGAGCCUGGCACCUAAGAGUGGUAGAGGCAGGGGAAUCAAGAGUUCAAGGUCAGCCGAGUGUGGUGGUACACACCUGCAAUCCUAGCACUCAGGAGAUUGUGCAGGAGCCACCCUUAGCUACAUACCUAGCGUGAGACCAGCCUGCAUUACAUGAGGCUUUGUCUCAAAAUAAAAGUUUGUGACUGUCCUAGGCUACAAAGCAAGAUGGUCUCAAAUUUAAGAAAAAAGAAGUCAUCUGUUCCAUAGUUAGCUCUCUGUGUGCAGUCUUCUGGUCUCUUGAUUAUAGCAGCACCAUGUUGGAGGCAGGUCCUCGCUCUUACAGCCAAGGCUCCAGUUCUUAAGUUCCCAGCAAUUCCAGUAGUGACAUCACUAAUAACUCAAUAAUUGCAGUUCUUUUAUAGAUUCAGUUUUGCCUUCUAAGAUUUUCUUGGUUUUAAAAAACAAAUGUUCUAUCUUCAUCUGCAUCACCAGAAGGAAAUCUGCAAGGCAUGUAAAUAUCUUUGUCCCCAUAAUCUGAAUAAUAAAUCUAUUUUUCACUUGGUUGUUAAA